GAGCCGGGAGCCGGGAGCCGGCAGCCAGGCCCCCUGCCCUGCCCUGCCCUGCCCGGUCUGGCCCAGCCCUGCCGUGCCCUGCCCUGCCGUGCCCUGCCCUGCUCCACUCCCUGCCCUGCUCCACGCCCUGCCUUGCCCUGCCCCGGCCCGCCCUCACACGGCAAUGUCGGACAGAGCGGAGGGGCCCGCGGGGGGCCCCUCUGGCUCCCCCGGCUCCCCUGGCUCCCCCACCCGCGACUCCGCCGGUGUCUCCGAGCCGCGGAUCAUCAAAGUUACGGUGAAGACUCCCAAGGAGAAGGAGGAGUUCGCCGUUUCCGAGACCAGCAGCAUCCGGCAGUUCAAGGAAGAAAUCUCUAAGCGUUUCAAGUCCCACACUGAUCAGCUUGUGUUGAUAUUUGCUGGAAAAAUUUUAAAAGAUCAAGAUACUUUGACUCAGCAUGGAAUUCAUGAUGGACUCACUGUUCACCUGGUUAUCAAAACACAGAACAGAUCACAAGACCACCCAACUCAACAGGCAAACACGUCUGGGAGUUCUGCUACCACAUCAACAUCAAGCAGUAGCACCUCAACACCAGCGUCAACAAAUAGUAAUCCCUUUGGCCUGGAGUUGGGGCAUCCAUCACCUCCCUGGAUAAACUGUUCCAGUGUUUCACCACAAACUUCACUACAAGAUUUGUACUGUUUCACCUUCAGUGGUGGCCUUGGAGGUUUGGCAGGCCUGAGUAGCCUGGGCUUAAAUACUUCAAACUUCUCGGAGCUGCAAAGUCAGAUGCAACGACAACUUAUGUCCAACCCGGAAAUGAUGGUUCAGAUAAUGGAGAAUCCAUUUGUUCAGAGCAUGCUUUCAAAUCCUGACCUUAUGAGGCAGUUAAUUAUGGCUAACCCUCAAAUGCAGCAACUGAUACAGAGAAAUCCAGAAAUCAGUCACAUGCUGAAUAAUCCAGAUAUAAUGAGACAGACACUAGAACUUGCUAGAAACCCUGCAAUGAUGCAGGAAAUGAUGCGAAACCAGGAUCGAGCUUUGAGCAACCUUGAAAGUAUACCAGGGGGAUACAAUGCCUUGCGGCGUAUGUACACAGACAUCCAGGAGCCAAUACUGAAUGCAGCACAGGAACAGUUUGGAGGUAACCCAUUUGCUUCUUUAGUAAGCAAUGCAUCAGCAGGAGGCGACAAUCAGCCAUCUCGUACAGAAAAUAGAGAUCCUCUGCCAAAUCCGUGGGCUCCUCAGUCCAGCUCACAGACUUCCACAACAAAUACUGGCACUACUGGUGAGAGCAGUGGCAGCAGUAAUGACGAAAGUAGCACUUCAGGCACAACGGGACAGAGCUCAACUGGACCAAAUUUGGGACCUGGGCUUGGAGCUGGUAUGUUCAAUACACCAGGAAUGCAGAGCUUAUUACAGCAGAUAACAGAAAACCCACAACUUAUGCAGAAUAUGUUGUCUGCACCCUACAUGAGAAGCAUGAUGCAAUCGUUAAGCCAGAAUCCCGAUCUUGCAGUACAGAUGAUGUUGAAUAAUCCUUUAUUUGUUGGAAAUCCUCAACUUCAGGAACAAAUGAGACAACAACUUCCAACUUUUCUUCAGCAAAUGCAGAAUCCUGACACGUUAUCAGCUAUGUCAAACCCCAGAGCAAUGCAGGCUCUGCUACAGAUUCAGCAGGGCUUGCAGACAUUAGCAACAGAAGCACCGGGGCUUAUACCAGGGUUUAAUCCUGGUUUGGGUGGAGGGGGAAGCAGUGGAACUCCUACAGCAUCCACUGUACCUAGUUCUGUUUCCACUGAAAAUACAAGUCCGGCUUCAGGAACUGCUGAACCUGGUCACCAACAGUUUGUCCACCAGAUGUUGCAGGCACUUGCUGGUGCAAAUGCUCAGCAGUUACAAAAUCCAGAAGUUCGAUUUCAGCAACAACUGGAACAGCUGAGCGCAAUGGGCUUUCUGAACCGUGAAGCAAAUUUACAAGCACUAAUAGCAACAGGAGGAGACAUCAAUGCAGCUAUUGAAAGGCUGCUUGGUUCUCAGCCUUCAUAGCAGUGUUUCUUUUAACUUGAAAAAUGUAAUUUAUUUUUGAUAACACCUCUUUAAUCUUUCAGAUUGCUUUAUUUCAUUCUGACUCUUGGGAUUGUCUUGUUAUAACUAAAACCAAUCUGAUGCAUUUGAAGGUGGAGUGCAGUAGUUUUCUUCAGACUUUGGGAAUCAAUGCAUGUUCACUUUUGAGUGCAUCAGUUCUUUUGUUCAGCAUUAUUUGUGAUUUUUUGGAAACAGUAUCAGCUUUCACAGUUGGAUGAACAAGUUUUGUCUGACCUACAAAUGGCCAAUUUAUUUACUACUUAAACAGUAUCCUUCAAUAGUAAUUUAUGUAGAUUACACAUUAAAAAGGAAACAAAUUAUUGAAGCUGUGGGUACCAAUACUGCUUAUUGUGAUUUUAGCAUGUUUUAUUCUCUUGACUAGCAAAAUGCUGGAAGAUUUAUACCACUUGAGUAAUCUACCAUCUUUUACUUUAAUUUGUCUAAGGUAUAAACACAAUAUAUACAACAGAGACAGCUCAUUUCUAGAGAUGUACACAAUACAAUAGAGUGAAAUUGUAAGCAAUGAAAAAACAAAAAAAAACCCAAAGCAACAAGAAAAAACCCCACAAAAAAAACCCCAAAAAACAAACAAGCAAAAAAAAAAAAAAAAAAAACCCACAAAAAACUCCAAAAAAACCGACAAAAAAAAAAAAACAUCAUAGGACUUGAAUUUGGUGUAGAACUGCCCAGGAUCUUUGGUAACUAUCUGAGAAAAAAUGCUUAAGCAACUUCAGUUAAAAUAUGCUAGAAUUACUGUUCUGGUUGUCUCUUUACAUUUAACUGUACAGAAACUUGCAUUAUAACAUUAUUUCAAUAUUCACAGAUUUAACUGUAAAUUACUUUUGUCAUUGUCCAAAUUAAAGAGCCACAGCCUUGUGCGCUGGAAUUGCUUCUAUGGCUAUUUGGCUUGUUCCACUGAGAUUUUUACAUGUAUUCUGAUUUAUAAUUGGAGAAAUUACUUCUAUUCAUGGUCAUGUGAUACUCUAAUUACUUUUAACCACCAAGUAAAAAAAUACUGUAUAUCUUUUGAGUUUCUAUUGGUAGUUACUUCUCUUGUGCACAGGUAAUAAAUGAAUUAAAAAAAUCUUUAAGCAUCUUG